GGCGGCAAUCGCGAAUCGGUGCGUUGUGUGUGUGAUUGUGUGAGUGUUUAUUUUUUCGUUCUUUCAUCUUCUUCUCCAAGCACGAAGGCCAAUUCUGACGAGGAGACAAUUACAAGUGCGCUUCAUCCAUUUGAAAGCAUUAGAUAAGAUCAAGUACGUGUUUCGUGGCAGCAGCUCCGGCAGCAGCAGCAGCAGCAAUCGCAUCAGGAGUGAAUGGCAUCGAAUGCGGCACUGGGGAAGCUGAUUCUGGCCGCUACAUUUAGCGCGUUUCUCUACUACGUGCUGUGGGUUGCUGUACUGCCGUUCAUCGUGAUCGACGCCAGGGAUGAAAGUUGGAUCUAUGCGCUGUUUCCACCGAUGAAGUUUGCAUUCCUCGUGCCGGCACUGUUCGGUGUGGUGCUGCUCGGCGGACUGUCGGCCUUUUCGCUGUACCAUUUGCGGGACCAUCUCGGAGCGCGAUUUAUCCGACCACAGUAACGCACAGCGACCGUGCCACACCAUGGAGACGUGGCUCGUCAUCGGCAUAUCCGGGGUGACGAACGGCGGCAAGACGACGCUGGCCAAAUCGCUCGAAGCAUACUUUACCGCCCACCUGCACAAAACCUUCUUCAAGGAAAAUCUCAUCCUCAACAAGGUGGUUGCGCUGUGCCAGGACGAUUACUUCCUGCCGGUCGACAGCCCCCGGCACGAGAUGGUGAAGAAGCUCAACCACAUCAACUGGGAGAUUCUCGGCUCGCUCGAUAUGGACCGCAUGUGCCAGGACAUUAUGCAGGUGCUGGGGCAAAAGUUCAUCCUGUACAACUGCCACCAGCUGCGGCGCGCUCGCAGCGACGAGGACAGCGAGAUGGGCGAGCGGGUCGAAUCGAUGGACGAGUUCAAUCUGUUCGCCGACCACUUCCUGAGCAACUUUCUGGCAAAGUACGAUGAAAACGGGACCGGCAGCAGGACGACAAACUUGAUCAAAAAGUCCAAAAACGAAUCGUACCAAAGCAUGAACAUCAAGAUCAACGUGCUGCUGCUGGAGGGCUUUCUGCUGUUCAAUCACUCGUUUACGCGCGAUCUGUGCAGCAUCAAGUUUCACAUCCAUCUGCCGUACGAGCGGUGCUACGCCCGGCGGGUGCAGCGCGUGUACGAUCCGCCGGACGUGGUCGGCUACUUCGAGAUGUGCGUGUGGCCACUGUACGAGAAGCACUAUCGGGAGUUUAAGGGCCGGAAGGACAUCUACGUGCUGAAUGGGGAGAUAGCGCCGGACAGCAUUUUCAACUAUGUGUUAAACAGCAUCAAAGACUUACUGUAGUAGCUGUGGGUAGAGAGUAUAAGUUGGUUGCUCAUAACCAGCAGCAGCAGCAGGUAGAACAGUUGUCGAACAAUUCCAGAGACGGGUUUCAAGAGUUCCUUAACCCCUGUAAGCAGCGACUAGGGUGUAAGCUAUAGAAAUAUAUAUACCAAGAGAGCGAGAACGGUCUCGUAUGGACAUACGCGUUUAAGCCGUGUUCAAAAAGCACGACACCGCGGUACAGUGUAACAACACA